AAGGAGCCAAGCCUCAAACAGCUAAACGAGCUGCUCCGGCCUCUGGUCGAUGAGCUGCUGGCGCUUUGGAACCCUGGAAUCUAUCUGCUGAAGACAGCGAUGAAGCCAGUGGGUCGCGUCAUACGUGCGGCGUUGAUACCUCUGGUCUGUGAUCUCCCCAUGCUCCACAAAACAGCUGGCUUUGCCUCGCAUUCCUCCCGGCAUUUCUGUUCCUUCUGUCCGCUCACUCUCGACGAGAUCAACAAUGUCGAGCGCUCUGCCUGGCCCCGGCCUCACACCUGGUCAACACAUCUCAACAUUGCACAGCAGUGGAAGGAAGCACCAACCGAGGGGGCCCGCAAUAGCGUCUUCGCCGAUCACAGAAUCCGGUGGUUGGAGCUCCUCCGUCUACCCUAUUGGGAUCCUACGUGCUUCACAGUGCUUGAUGUCAUGCACAACUUGUUCCUCGGCAAAGUCCAUCAUCACUGUAGGCGUUUAUGGGGUGUCAAU